GUGAGGGGUUUACCGCUGCUUCAGUAUCUCAGUCUUAUCCUAAGAGUGAGGACGCACACUGGUGCUGUAGGUCAGGAGCCAUUUGUCGAAAUACCCAUUAACUUCUUCAGACCUCAAAUUAUCAUUUUGUAAAUGUAAAAUAUUUAUGCUGGUAGAACGAUAUAGUGCCAUUAAUGUGAACGUCAGGAACCUGAGUGAUUGUGUUCCACAAUUAAUGUAACAAUCUCCAGUAACAGCUAGAAGGAUCGAACCUUCACUCUUAACACUAAAUGAUCUAGAAAAUUUUGCCUCCUUACGUAAAUGGUAAUAAUCCACCGAUUAAGAUUCAAAUUUGAGUGUUGAAGACAGGUAAAACUACAACUUCAACUCCAUUUUAGCACUGACAGCCGAGGAAGGCAGAACAAGAAGCCAGAGACACAGAAAAAGGUGAUUUAGUCAUGGAUAACUUGAAGAGAAGUGUCUGUGUGUUGCUCUCAGCUGUUGUUGUCACCUUCGUCAGUGCAGAAGAUCUGAAGGAUGGUUGUAUGGUGCUUGAUGGUCUAAACAAGACUACGCUGGAGAGGAACUUGACUCUGCUGGUGGCGGAGCCGCUGGCGAUGGACCUGCGGAUGAUGGUGAUAGGAGUGCAGCAGAAUUCCAGCAUUGAGAAUUGGCGAGGCGGUAAUAACUCCCUGGCGCCUCGAUCCUGGACCCCAGCAACUAUUCAACUCUACCCCCAACUGCGGCUCAGUGUACAUGGCCAUCCCAUUGUGUCGGGUGAGAGAUUCUCAUCCAGAGAAGAUAUGGGACCUCUGAGGAUCGUCGUGGAGAAUAUUCUGCUCAUGACUAAUUGUCCGGAAGGUAACUCUGUGUGGAAAAUAUCUGCAAACGAAAGCCUCGGGUUUCAUUUGGGCGACCGUGAGAAUUUCACCAUCAUUGCGAAUGAGUAUGUGCCUCUAUAUAUCCAUUUUGAUCGAAUUAAGCAUAUCAUGUGUAUGACCGAUGGCAAACCAGUCCUGAGGGAGAGUCGCUACACCUGUGCUGGUGAAGAACGGCCUCCAGUGCGUCUCAACCUACAAAUUACACUCUCCGACACUGAGUAUAAGAUCCUCGGUAAUGGACAUAAGCUGAAGAACCAGAAAUGGAAUAAAGACCGGUCCAACGAAAUUAAAUUUACGGCUAAAGCAGACAUGACAAACGAUAUUUACGUGCUUCACCCUCUGCCCCUCACUGUACAGCCCACACGCCGGAACACAGCAGGUCCUACAGCUGCUAUUGUGGCCCUGACUGUGGUAGUGGUGGUACUGGUGACAUUACUCUGCCUGGCACUCAUCUUCUUCCUGCGUAACUCCCCGUUACUCUUUAAGUGGAAGCUGUGGCAGCGUUCCCAUCAAGAUUGCACUGCACAGCAUAGUGUUGCACACGAGGAAGUGCCUGUGGCAGCAUCCUCUAAGGACAAGGUGAAGAGAGCCCCAGUGUCUGAACCUCUGCAGCAUACAGCCAAGCCCUGGCCCAAGACACAGGUCGGAUACACAGCCCAAGAAUCCCAGAAUGUAUCUCAGAAUGAUUAUGACACUAACUAUAUUGUCGCUAAAGACGUGAAACCCAUAGAGGUGGAAGUGUUGAGGCAGCAGAAUGUUAUUAGGGGUAAGAUCUAUCAUCAAAGUCCUUCCACUUGGUCAGCACCAGCAGCUCAGUACAACGCUCAACACAACCCUGCUUCUCGCCAGCAGUCUGCAAACACAAACUACUCGCACGCCAGCACGCUCGACGACGACGAAGAUAGCAUCUACCUCAACAGGACGCAAGGGGACAGUGACCAGAGAAUCUCAACCACCUCUGAGCUUUACGACACUAUUUAUAACUCCAAUUAUUAGGCAUGACAAAAUGGUAGCCACCACGUAAAAUUAACUCAAGCUCACCAAACCAUACAACGGGCGGGCAUAGAACCCGCGAUCAGAGAGUCAUAAAACUCCAGACCGACGCCCAAAGGAUGGGCAUGGGGUGCAUAAUAAAGAUAUUUAACUAAACUAACGACGCGUUGGCUAAUGCGUCGGCCUGGAGUUUCAUGGCUCACUAAUCGCGGGUUCUAUCCUCUCCCGGUUUAUGGUUUGUUUGCGAUCGUGUUAUUACGAUUUCAUGAGUCUUAACUCAAGCUCCGUUGAAAGGAAACCUUUAAAUCUCACGUAGUUAACCUGAUGGGCUACCUGAAAACACAAAUGUUAGGGAAUCUCAUAGGUAUGGUGACCCUAGACUUGCAAAAGGUAUUUGAUACUGUUAACCAUAACAUAUUAUGUAAGAAACUACAAGCUGUGCAACAGAAGACAAAUUAUCAAGGUCAAUAAUACAGACUCAGAACCCCUGCAUGUGGAGUUCCCCAAGAUAUUCUUUGGGCCCCUUAGUUUUUGUAUUAUGGGAAUGAUGUGCCCAUCAGUGUCAAGUGUAAACUUUUGUUGUAUGCAGACGAUAGUGCUCUUCUAGUCUCAGGUAAAGACCAACGAGAUAUAGCUAAUCUACUAUCACUAGACAUAAAGUCCUGUAGCAGAUGGUGAGUAGACAACAAGCUAUUGCUACACCCUGGGAAAACAGAAGCCAUAGUCAUCGGCACGAAAAAUAAACUGAGUAAAUGCUUAAAUGUCCAGUGCAGUUGGGAACCCAACACUUAGUAUCUUCAAUGAAAUAUCUGAAAAUUCCCUUCGACCCAAACAUGUCAGGAGAAUUCAUAGUGAACAAUGAAGCAAAAGAGAAAUGAAUGCCAGGCUAAAGUUCCUCUAUAGACAGGCACAGUGUCUACCUACUGAGGUUCGCAGAACCCCAUGACUAGCUCUUAUACAAUGUCAUGUGGGUUAUUGUUGUUCGUGGUACUCUGCUUUAACCAAAAAAAAAAUUAAAAACAGACUACAAAUCACCCAGAACAAAAAGAUGAGAUUCAUCCUGGACCUGGGUCCAAGAGAGCAUGUAGGAUAGGAUGAACUAAAGCAACUGGAUAUGCUGAAUGCUGAAAACAGAUUAUAGCAAUUGAAAUUCAAUCAUGUUUAUAAAAUCCUCACAAGCAGUGUCCAGAAUAUCUUGCUGCCAAGUUUGCCAAGGUUAGGAACCAAAACCAGUGUGGUACUAGGGAAGGGAACACAAUUUUGUAGUACCUACAGUAGGUAGUCAGGCCUCAAACACCUUUUAUUAUACAGCAAUAAAGAGAUGGAACGGAUUGCCUAAACUGGUCAAAGCCUGUCCUAGUAUGAGCCAGUUCAGGAAGAGAGCUAAAAUGUACCUAAUGAAUGAAGCUACAGAAAGGGAGGAGAGUGAUUCACUGUAUAGUUAAUAAUGGUGUACCUUUUAUUAUAAGCUGAUCCUCUAUUUAAUGUUAAUGUAAAUAACUCGGUUCAGUUUAUUCCUAGUGUACCCCUGUUAUUGUAACUCGCAGUUUAUUCCUAGUGUACCCCUGUUAUUGUAACUCACAGUUUAUUCCUAGUGUACCCCUGUUAUUGUAACUCACAGUUUAUUCCUAGUGUACCCCUGUUAUUGUAACUCACAGUUUAUUCCUAGUGUACCCCUGUUAUUGUAACUCACAGUUUAUUCCUAGUGUACCCCUGUUAUUGUAACUCACAGUUUAUUCCUAGUGUACCCCUGUUAUUGUAACUCACAGUUUAUUCCUAGUGUACCCCUGUUAUUGUAACUCACAGUUUAUUCCUAGUGUACCCCUGUUAUUGUAAUUGUCACACAGUUCAGUUACUUAACUAUUUUAAUUUUUAAGGUUAUAAUCAUCAUUGAUUUCUACACUACCUUAUUGCUAGGCUUUAAAUAAUAAGUUAUUAUGAAGACCCUAGUGGAAAGAAGUAACUUUUCCUGAUUUUCUUGAGUUAUCCUACGGAAUUUACACUUACGUUACCAUGUAUGAUAAUUGUACUUAUGUGUACCAGUACUAAAAUUGUACUUAUGUGUACCAGUACUAAAAUUGUACUUAUGUGUACCAGUACUAAAAUUGUACUUAUGUGUACCAGUACUAAAAUAAACUUACUUAACCCAAAGGAAUGUUUAACGAUAUCUUCAUCGCUCAGUGGAAUGUUUAACGAUAUCUUCAUCGUUCAGUGGAAUGUUUAACGAUAUCUUCAUCGCUCAGUGGAAUGUUUAACGAUAUCUUCAUCGUUCAGUAGAAUGCUUAACGAUAUCUUCAUCGUUCAGUGGAAUGUUUAACGAUAUCUUCAUCGCUCAGUGGAAUGCUUAACGAUAUCUUCAUCGUUCAGUAGAAUGCUUAACGAUAUCUUCAUCGUUCAGUGGACUGCUUAACGAUAUCUUCAUCGUUCAGUAGAAUGCUUAACGAUAUCUUCAUCGUUCAGUAGAAUGCUUAACGAUAUCUUCAUCGUUCGGUAGAAUGCUUAACGAUAUCUUCAUCGUUCGGUAGAAUGCUUAACGAUAUCUUCAUCGUUCUACCGUAACUUCCUGGUUUAAUUACCUUACACUAUGAGAGCAGGAAUGUGAUAUUUACACCGAUAAAUAUCAUUUUAGGUAAAUUAAUAUAUUUGCAAUCGAUACCUGUUGAUACCUGUGACACGUGCAACACUAGAAAUCUCUAUUGACGAAAUAUUUCGCCCAGACUGCAAGCUUUAUUAGUCGAUGUGGAAAAUUAAAUUUACCUGGAUGUAACUCAUAAGGUACAUACCAGUAAAUGGUAACAAAGAUGAUUAUUAUUUAUCAAAGUUACAUAGACAAGUAGGAAUUUUGGGACACUUAGGUCGCAAAAAAUGUCCCCUUCGAUACCUACAACUGUCAUAUCCACAAGUUGCUCUAGACCUAUAUUAAUUGUAAAUGAAAUAUACAUCACCAGGAAUUCUGGUAAACUAUAAAUUUGUUGACUGUAUGUUAAAUUUAAUAAAUGAUUACAUAUACACAUCUAUAUAACAGAAGGAGAAUUUAUAAUCAUAAUACUCACCAAUUUGUCUGGAGAUUGCUGCGUGUCAUGUACAGAACCCCCCCCCCCUCUUGUCUAAAUUUAUGAAAAAAUUACUGGCCAGAAUUUAACACAAAUUUUAACAACACUUAGCUGGGGUAAUAUCCUGUUUCCAUAUAAUUACGGAGUCCUGUCCAGUCGCCUGAAUUAUCACGUUAUGCAGGACUGCAGUUCCAACAAUUUCGGCUCCUAUUUGAGAGGUUUUAAGCCCAAUAUAACCCCUAGAUUAUUAUUAUUAUUAUUAUUAUAAAAAAGAAGCGCUAAGCUACAAGGGCUAUACAGCUAUAUAAAUUAAGCACAUUAUACAUACGUGCUUAUAAUACAUUCAAAACAAUGGCGACUCUUCCCUGCUCGUCAGUGCAGGCAGAUUAUUAUUAUUAUUAUAAUCAAAAAGAAGCGCUAAGCCACAAGGGCUAUACAGCGCUGCAGGGUAGGGAAGGAAGCGAGGGUAUUGGAUGGCAGAAGGGAGGAGGGAUGAUCAGCAGGUUACAGAAAACAGCAGGGCAGGGGAUAGUACGGGGGUAGAGGGUAGCAAGAGAUUGAAGUAGAAAGGGCUGAAGGUAUCAGAAUUUGUGAAGUAAGUCAGUUGUCAAAAAGUCAAUGAGAGAGUCCUGAUGAA